GCCGUCCAUUCCCAGAGGGGGUGGGGCAGGAGGGCUGGUUGGUCCUGUGAGCAGGGCCAGAGGCGCACAGACGCUGCCCUGGAGGCCCAGGAAGUUUCGACCUGGGAGCCCCCAGGGUCCUUGAGACCCCAGCAGCCCCACAAGGCCUGGCACUGGCCUGGCACUGGCAGUGUGGGGGGCGGGUGGAAGCUGCAGGGGCAUCAGAGGGGCUGUUCUGCACAGACCAUGGCCUUGCAGACGGCUCGGCCCCACCUGGGAUCCCGGGGGACCCGCACUCCUAGAAGCCUCCUGCUCCUGCUUCUCAGCCUCGGGUGGGUGCCACCUUCCAGGGCCCAGGCUGCAGACACGGGACAGGGCGUCCUGAUCCCAUGGCUGCAGCGCACCUCCGGGGAUCUGUCCUGGCAGCCGCCUGAGCCGACGGCCAUCCGUCCAAGGCCUCAGGGGGGCACAGAGAAGCGGGACUGCCCCCCGGGGCGGAAGGCCCAGGUGGUGGAUGAACACCUCGUGUUCUACGAGGAUUGGGAGCUGGAGGCCUGUGUGGAUGGGGCCCUGCUGGCCGAUCAGAUGGACCAGGUGAACCUGAUCCCCUUCACCUACGAGCAACUGCACGUCUUCAAGCUCAAACUGGAUGAGCUCUACCCACAGGGCUAUCCCACCUCCCUGGUCCAGCGCCUGAGGUACUUCUUCCUCUCGGUCACCCCCGAGGACAUCUGCAAGUGGAAUGUGACAUCCCUGGAGACUGUGAAAUCUCUGCUCAAAGUCAGCAAAGGGCGGGGGAUGGAUGCACAGGUGGCCGCCCUGAUUGCCCGCUAUGUAGGGGGAGGGGGCCAACUAGACGGCGCCACCUUGGACAUCCUAGCCACUUUCUGCCCUACCUACCUGUGCUUCCUCAGCCCUGAGCAGCUGAGCUCUAUACAGCUCAGCGUUGUUCGGGUGACCAGGCCCCUGGACCUGGACACGUGCAGCCCCCUGCAGGUGGCUGUCCUCUAUCCCAAGGCCCGUGCUGCCUUCCAGAACAUGAGUGGGUCUGAAUACUUGGCGAGGAUCAAGCCCUACCUGGGUGGGGCCCCCACGGAGGACCUGCGGGCUCUUAGUCGGCAAAACAUAAGCCUGGACAUCGCCACAUUCAAGAAGCUGCAGACGGAGGUCUUGCGGAAGCUGACCAUCGCUGAGGUGCAGAAACUUCUGGGUCCACACCUGGCGGGCCUGAAGGCGGAGGAGGAGAACAGCCCUGUGCGCGACUGGAUCUCCCGGCAGCCGCAGGACGACCUGGACCGGCUGGGGCUGGGGCUCCAGGGCGGCAUCCCCAACGGCUACCUGGUCCUGGACAUCAACAUCCGAGAGGCCCCCUGGGGAGGCUCCCGCCCCCUCAGACCAGGACUUGCACCUGUGCUCACGCUGACCCCAAGUCUGCUCCUGGCCUUGAUCCUGAAAUGAGCCCACGGCUGCACCCUGGGGACUGCACCCUACUGUGGAGACCCCGCCUGGUGGGAGCAGACCUGGUGGCCCCACCCGAGGACACCAGAGCUCAAUAAAAGAUCUGUUCCCACUGGAA